GGCACUGACAUUCUGGCCCCUGUCUUUCGUCUGGAGCAAACUUUCCACCUACGAGCAGCUGAGGCAUCGGUUCCAGCAUCUCCAGGUCAUCAGCAGCGAAAAGGCAGCUUCAGAUCAAGUGCAGGUGAUGAGGAAAGCCAACAUCUUUAUCUCUCUCCUCAUCGACGUGGCUCUGGGUGUCCUGCUCAUGUCCUGGUUGUAUCAAAUGAACUGGAUCGGUUAUCUUGCCAGUGGCCUCCUCCCAAUGGCAGACCAUAUCGCCCAGCAGCUCCAGAACCUCCUGCAGUGGCUGAUGGGCGUGCCAGCUGGUCUAAAAAUGAACAGAGCUUUGGAUCAAGUCCUGGGCCGUUUUUUCCUUUACCACAUCCACCUCUGGCUUAGCUACAUCCAUCUGAUGUCUCCAUUCAUUGAGAAGAUCUUGUGGUAUGUUGGCUUGUCAGCUUGCCUUGGCUUGACCGUGGCCCUUUCCAUCCUCUCCGACAUCAUUGCACUCCUGACGUUCCACAUCUACUGUUUUUAUGUCUAUGGAGCCAGGCUGUACUGCUUCAAGAUUUACGGCUUGUCCUCUCUGUGGCGCUUGUUCCGAGGGAAGAAAUGGAAUGUCUUGAGACAGCGUGUAGAUUCCUGCUCCUACGACCUGGACCAGGUAGAGACGCUCUCUGGGGACACCGGCAGAGCGUUAUUAUUAUUAUUAUUAUUAUUAUUAUUAUUAUUAUUAUUAUUAUUAUUAACCCACCUACCUGCUUUUACAGAUGCCAGACACGAGGGAAAGGAGGAGGCUGAUCAGCACACAGGCUUGAUGACCUCCAAG